AUGGCGACUUCGACAGGUCUUAGCCAAGUUGGUUGGCAGGGUGCGCGCGUGCCUCGACUCAAAUAUCGCAACCCUGUUCCGCAAGAUGACGCAAUCGAAGAAGUCCAUCAUGGAGGCCAUUCCACCGAUAAUCCUCAACGAGAGUCUGGUUCCACGAUCCCUGAUAUGCGCCUAUCGACGUCUCAAUCCCAUGAUCAGGGUGCAAACGACUCUCCACCAAAGUCGCCCAUGCCUCCUUCGGUCAUGUCGCCCUCCAAACCGCCUCCCAAGAAAACGUCGUCGCUAUUCGGAGGGCUUUUCGGUGUUAAAGAGCCCACACAGCUGGCCCUCACUCAGAUGUCCGCGCAGUUGACCGCUCAACACGGCUCAACUAGCGCUAACAAGGUGCCUAACGUUAGUAUGGAGAAGAUGCCACAGCAUGUACCAAAGGUCAAUGCGAAGUGGGAUGGAAUACCUGAUGCCAUCAAGCAACGGGAGAAGCGGGAGAGGGAACGCACCCGGGCAGGGAAGCGCAGGUCCUUGACCAGCUCCACCCUCAAAUCGCAUUCUUCUGAGCGCAUCGUUCGAGCCUCAAAUAGUCGAAGUUCUGACCAUAGCGGCACUUCACAAGACAGCCGAGCUCGGUCCGUAACGUCAGGCUCUCGCAAACAUAACUCCUAUGCCCCGAAUCCGCAUAGAUUUUAUGCACAAUCGGUGAAUUCCUCUGGAGAUCUGGCUGCUCAGCAAAGGCCAGAAGAGUCUUCAAGGCCGUCGUCUAUGUCCUCACCACCGCCUUCCGUUACAUCGACUUCGAGCAAGAGCCUCGCCAAUGUCAAUGUCUCCGCUGACCGCAUUCCCCCACCACCGAAAGUUCCAGCCCAUCUUCUGGGCACCUCUUCGAACUGCAAAGAUGCUUAUCAGGCACGAGUAUCUAGUGCACCGCCUGUUGAAUCCCUACCGGACCACACAAAGUCACCCGCGUUGACACCACGGGAGUGCUCUCCUGUUACUCCAGUACAGCAAGGCCACGAGCUAGCGUCGCCCAUCACGGUCCAAGGCCCGACACUGCAGCGUAACAGAGUGCCGCCAGCCGCAUCAGGGUCGGAUGUUUUGCCUCUGCCAAUCACGACAAAGAAGAAGGCAUCGGCUGCAUCGAAUGCUGCAUUUCUGGCUGGCGAAGCACAAGAAUUCCGGCUCCCUGACGAUGAGAGUAUUCGAUCCUACAGAUCAGUCCCAUCGGACGCCGUACAGCGAGUUAUCGCCGUCGAGAAAAGGCCCGAUAGUUCUCGCGAAAGACUCGGCUUACGCAGCAGCAUGGUGGUCAAGGAAGAUAUCCCGUGGGGUCAAGUACACGCCGACAGAUAUUAUCGACCUCCUUCUGCGGACGACCGUACCAAUGCGCAACUCAAGCCGAAGAGCACUAUGUCCAAAGCUUGGGGCUCGCUCCUGAAACGGGAGCUGUAA